UUUCCCAUGUUUGAAUGACCCAUUUCCCAUGUUUGGAAAGGAGAAAAAGCCCACCCAAACGGGUCCAGAGUGCCAGUUUGCCCUCGGGUGCCGGACAUCAAGGAGCCCACGGCAGCGCCCGGUCUAACUACACCAGUCUCUGGCGACUAAGGUUAUGUCAUGGCUGCAUUUUCGACCAAUAGCAAUGGCGAGAUUGAUCUCAGAGGUGAAAAUACUGGAGCUACGCACUGCGAUGUCCACGCACCAAUCCGUACCUUUGACAUUCUAUCUAGAUCGCCUGCAAACGGCCAAAAAUGCCUACCUUCGUCCUCGCACAACCAGGGCCAAGCAAUGGUUGAGGACCGAUUGUGCAAGCUCUCUGACGUUGCUCAUCAUUUGUAUUUAAGACUUAAUAUCUUUUCUUCGCCCGAUUCUCUAGUCCUCAACCUUACCUCCCAGAUGCCAGUUCAGGCAAACUAAUUCUCACCACAUACGACAUGGACGGCAGAAGACGAAGCAUAUCCGUUAUGAGUCCCGGCUUGGCCGAGGGAGCUGGUGAUGACCUCUUCCGGAGGCUCUCGAGAACCUUCUCCGGCAAAUCACAGAGACAACAGGAGCGAAUACCAGAGGAGCACGGGAUCGAACGAUGGACCUCAAGGAACGAGAAGGGCGAGGUCGACGACGGAUCAGAGAAGACCAAGGUCAACGAUUGGCGCCUGGACCAGCACGUGAAGGAACUUCAAGCCAACGAUCCUGCAGAGGGUCGUAGCCUUGGCGUCACAUGGAAGGGCCUCACAAUCAAGGUCGUACCAUCCGACGCUACGUUACAAGAGAAUGUAUUCAGUCAGUUCAACAUGGUCCAGCAGGCAAAGGAGGCGCGAAAUAAGGCUCCUUUAAAGACGAUCCUUGAUGAUUCUUUCGGAUGUGUUAAGCCUGGUGAGAUGCUGCUGGUGCUUGGUAGACCGGGCUCAGGCUGCACGACUCUCCUGAAGAUGCUCGCCAACAAGAGAAAGGGAUACACUGAGAUUGAUGGCGACGUCCGCUUCGGAUCCAUGACUGCGAAAGAGGCCGAGCCGUACCGUGGGUCCAUCGUGAUCAACACUGAAGAGGAACUCUUUUACCCUUCUCUCACCGUCGGACAGAGUCUAGAUUUUGCCACUCGAUUGAACAUCCCCGACACGCUCCCUGCCAACUCAGAGAACCGCGAAGACUAUCGUGUCAAGUUCAAGAAGUUCCUUCUCGAUUCUAUGGGUAUCUCACACACCGAAGACACAAAGGUUGGCGACGCGUUUGUUCGAGGUGUGUCUGGUGGUGAACGCAAGCGUGUGUCCAUCAUCGAGACCUUGUGCACAAGAGGCAGCGUCAUGUGCUGGGACAAUUCGACAAGGGGAUUGGACGCCUCUACAGCACUUGAAUACACCCGCGCCCUGCGCUCAUUGACCGACACGAUGGGUAUUGCCACCAUCGUCACGCUGUACCAGGCGGGUAACGGCAUUUAUGACUUAUUUGACAAGGUGCUUGUCCUCGAUGAAGGCAAACAGGUCUACUACGGCCCACUUGAGCAGGCUCGCCCCUUUAUGGAGGACCAGGGCUUCGUCUGCAGUGACGGUGCCAACGUUGCGGACUUCCUGACAGGUGUCACCGUACCAAGCGAGCGGCAGAUCCAACCUGAGUUCGAGUCACGAUUCCCUCGCAACAACGUUGAACUAGCGAAGGCAUACCGCGAGUCGCCCGUCAAAGCCGACAUGGAGCGCGAGCUGGACUAUCCCAACACUCAAGAGGCGAAGACCAACACGGAAAACUUCCUCCAUGCAAUUUCUCUCGACAAGUCUAAGCACCUUCCUAAGAAGUCGCCUAUGACGGUUUCGUUUCUCGCUCAGGUCAAGGCGUGCGUUGCCCGUCAGUAUCAAAUCAUUUGGGGUGACAAGGCCACGUUCAUCAUCAAACAAGGCUCUACCAUCGUACAGGCCCUCAUCUCUGGCUCUCUCUUCUACAACGCUCCGGACAACUCAGCUGGCCUAUUUAUCAAGGGCGGUGCUCUAUUCUUGGCUCUUCUUUUCAACGCCUUAAUCGCCAUGUCGGAGGUCACCGAUUCCUAUGCUGGCCGUCCUAUCCUUGCUAAACACAAGAACUUCGCUUUCUUCAACCCAGCUGCUUUUUGCUUAGCCCAGAUCGCUGCGGAUGUUCCAAUCCUCUUCUUCCAAGUCACCUCGUUCAUUGUCAUUCUGUACUGGAUGACUGCCCUCAAGGCCACAGCCGCCGCUUUCUUCACCUGCUGGUUUGUUGUGUACCUCACAACAUUCGUCAUGACUGCCUUCUUCCGCAUGAUCGGUGCCAGCUUUCCCAACUUUGACGCAGCUUCAAAGGUUUCCGGUUUUUCCGUCACGGCCCUGAUCUUGUACAUUGGCUACCAGAUUCCUAAGCCACAGAUGCACCCCUGGUUUGUGUGGAUCUACUGGAUCAAUCCUCUUUCCUACGGCUUCGAGUCGUUGAUGGCCAAUGAAUUCGAGGGUACCGUAAUUCAAUGCGAAUACGCAAAUCUGGUCCCCAACUACCUGCCGCAAUACGAGAACCCCGCUUACCAAUCUUGCGCUGGGAUCGUAGGUGCUGCCCCCGGUGCUGUUUCAUUGACUGGCGAAGAGUACCUCCGAAGCUUAUCGUACUCGCCAUCUCACGUCUGGCGGAACGUCGGUAUCCUCUUUGCUUGGUGGGCCCUCUUCGUCGGCCUCACCAUCUUCUUCACUCUUCGUUGGGAUGAUGCUGCUGGUUCUACUGGUGCGCUCUUAAUUCCCCGCGAGAACGUAAAGAAAACUCCCAAGUCCAUUGCUCCCGCUGAUGUCGAAGCUCAAGCCGAUGAGAAGGCUCCUCGCCCCCGAUCUAACGAUGGCAACGACGCCUCGAGCGACCAGGCUGGCGGAAACCUCACGCGUAACACGUCAGUCUUCACAUGGCGCAACCUAUCCUAUGUUGUCCAGACUCCCUCAGGCCCUCGCACUCUUCUCGACAAAGUGUCGGGCUAUGUAAAGCCUGGAAUGCUGGGUGCUCUCAUGGGUUCAUCUGGUGCUGGAAAGACCACGCUACUUGAUGUUCUGGCCCAGCGUAAAACUGAUGGCACUAUCCACGGUGAAGUCCUGGUUGACGGCCGUCCUCUUCCUGUCUCCUUUCAGCGUUCCGCAGGCUACUGUGAGCAGCUGGACGUCCAUGAGCCCUUAUGUACGGUCCGCGAAGCUCUCGAGUUCUCCGCUCUUCUUCGUCAAAGCCGCGAGGUCUCUCGUGAGGAGAAACUUGCCUACGUUGACACUAUCAUUGACCUUCUGGAGUUGCACGACCUCGAACAUACGCUUAUCGGACGUAUAGGUGCUGGUCUCUCUGUCGAACAACGUAAGCGUGUCACUAUUGGUGUUGAACUCGUUUCCAAGCCCUCUAUCCUGAUCUUUCUUGACGAGCCCACCUCUGGUCUCGACGGACAAGCCGCCUUCAACACAGUCCGCUUCCUCAGAAAACUUGCCGAUGUUGGUCAAGCAGUUCUGGUCACCAUUCACCAGCCUUCUGCCCAGCUUUUCGCCCAGUUCGACACACUCCUGCUACUCGCCAAGGGCGGCAAGACAGUCUACUUCGGCGAAAUUGGCGAUAAUGGUCAGACCGUUAAAAACUACUUUGAUCGCGAAGGUGUUCCAUGUCCUCGAGAUGUCAACCCUGCGGAGUUCAUGAUCGAUGUCGUCACAGGCGCUCAUUCGACAGAACGGGACUGGCACCAGGUCUGGCUCGGAUCGCCUGAACAUACGCAAAUGGAACAAGACAUGGAGCACAUCAUCACUGACGCUGCCGGCAAGCCACCUGGUACUACUGACGAUGGACACGAGUUCGCUACCGACAUGUGGACCCAGACCAAGUUAGUUACUCAGCGCAUGAACAUCAGUUUGUACCGCAACGUCGACUACGUUAACAACAAGUUCGCCCUCCACGUCGGGGUGGCUCUCUUCAUUGGUUUCUCGUUUUGGCAGAUCGGCGACUCGGUUCAGGAGCAGCAACUCGUCCUCUUCUCUCUCUUCAACUACAUAUUUGUUGCUCCUGGGGUCAUCGCACAACUGCAGCCUCUGUUCAUCGACCGCCGAGAUAUUUACGAGACAAGGGAGAAGAAGUCAAAGAUGUACCACUGGGCCCCUUUUACGACUGGACUUAUCGUCUCUGAGAUGCCUUACCUCGUCAUCUGCAGCGUCCUCUACUUCCUUUGCUUCUACUACACUGCCGGCCUCCCGGUCUCUUCUGAUAAGGCAGGUGCGGUAUUCUUCGUCAUGCUCAUCUACCAGUUCUUCUACACUGGUCUCGGUCAGUUCGUCGCCGCCUACGCACCCAACGCCGUCUUCGCCUCUCUUGUCAACCCCCUCAUCAUCGGUAUUCUCGUCUCCUUCUGCGGUGUGCUUGUCCCCUACGCCCAGAUCCAACCCUUCUGGCGCUACUGGCUGUACUACCUUAACCCCUUCAACUAUUUGAUGGGAGCACUCCUCGUCUUUGUUGACUUCGACUGGGAGGUCAACUGCAAGGAAUCAGAGUUCGCCAUCUUCGAUCCUCCUUCCGGCCAGACUUGUGCUCAGUAUCUCGAGGGCUGGCUUUCUGGCCCCGGUGCCCGCAACAACUUAAUCAACGGUGAUGCGACGGCUGAUUGCAGGGUUUGUCAGUACCGCCGUGGCAGCGAUUACUUGUACACCGUUAACCUUAACGACUACUACUAUGGCUGGAGGGAUGCGGCCAUCUGUGUUCUCUUUGCCCUUUCUAGCUACGCUUUGGUCUACCUGCUUAUGAAGCUCAGGACCAAGACUAGCAAGAAGGCUGAGUAAGACACGGAAAGCACUCUUUUCGUACUCAGUUUUCGGCGUUCUGUUUGGUAGAUUUACGGCCGGCUCAAAAUCCCGUCGAUAUUUAAUUUGUUUCCAUACGUAACGUGUUUUAUAAGCGAGUGCGCAUUACAAGCGAGUGCGCACCCUACCAACUUUGCGCACCUCUACAAGCGUAUAUCUCAACAACAAGAUGAGAUAGUAUGUAGAUAUUAAUAGAGUAGAUUAAACAGUAUCUAAAGUAUCUUUCUU